AUGGAGGUGGUCUUGCUGAGCAGUGAGGGCCUGCCUGAGGGCUCGGUCCUGUCAUUAAAGUGGGGAGACUUGAAGCGACAAGCGCCUGUGUCCCAAACAGGGCAGCACUUUCGCUUCAAUGACUCUCCGGCGCAGCCGCUGCAAAUGAAGGUGGAGGUGCUGACUCCGCUUGCUCCUGCCCAGAUGGUUAGCAUCAACCCCAUGCAGGAGACCUUUGAAGUCGCCUUUGAUCCACAGAUGAAGGUGCGGCUGCAGCAGCGUCCGGUAUCGGAGCUUCAACGACCGGUGGUAGACAUCACAAACGCGGCAGAUGGCAAAGGUCUUCCCGCCAGAUCCUAA